AUCUUCUUCCGCUUUCGCUCCUCGGAAGCUGCGGGGACAUGAGGAGUCGCUGCCUGUGGCGGCUCCUGCGCUCGGGAAGCGGCGUCAGCGGCUGGUUCGCGCCCCGCGGCGGCCGCUCCUCGCCGGGCUUGCGGAGAGGUUUCUCGACCACCGUAACCAAGGAAGCCUAUGACAGGCGGCCCGUGGACAUAACCCCGUUAGAGCAGAGGAAACUAACUUUUGAUACUCAUGCAUUGGUCCAGGACUUGGAAGCUCAUGGAUUUGACAAAGCACAAGCAGAAACAAUUGUAUCAGCACUAACCACUUUAUCCAAUGUCAGCCUGGAUACUAUCUAUAAGGAGAUGGUCACUCAAGCUCAACAGGAAAUAACAGUACAACAGCUAAUGGCUCAUUUAGAUUCCAUCAGGAAAGACAUGGUCAUCCUAGAGAAGAGCGAAUUUGCAAAUCUGAGAGCAGAGAACGAGAAAAUGAAAAUUGAAUUGGACCAAGUUAAGCAGCAGUUAAUACAUGAAACCAGUCGAACCAGAGCAGAUAAUAAGCUAGACAUCAACCUGGAAAGGAGCAGAGUAACAGAUAUGUUUACAGAUCAAGAAAAGCAACUUAUGGAAGCAACCACAGAAUUUAGCAGGAAGGAUACUCAAACCAAAAGUGUUAUUUCAGAGAUCAGUAAUAAAAUUGACAGUGAAAUUGCUUCCUUGAAAACACUCAUGGAGUCUAACAAACUUGAAACAAUUCGUUACCUUGCAGCAUCAGUGUUUACUUGCCUGGCAAUUUCAUUGGGAUUCUAUAGAAUCUGGAAGUACUAUUAAUGCCCCUCGGCUGCUGCCAGUGACUUCUCAGAGCACCACGCAAGGAGGGGUUUGUGGUAACACUGUCGUUUGCAGCAUCACUUUACCACAAGAUGAUUCAGAGUGCAUUGGACUAAGGAGAAGUGUUUUAGAAUGGGAAGAGGUAUUUUUAUUUCAUUUGUAUCAGCUAUGUUGAAAAGUUGUCAUUCCCAGCCUGAUUUAUUUGAAAAAGGGCAUUUUGUCCUUAUUUUGAUUGUUCGUAAAAACUAAAUCAGCUUUAUGUUUGAACGGUAAAUUUGUUUGAAAAAACCAUUGCCUAACCUAGCCUUAUUACUGAUAACUGCUGCAAUUACAUUUUUAUAUAACAUAAAGAUUAUUAAACAAUUGUUUGGAAAGUGACCUCUCUUUUUUUAUAGUGAACUAAAAUGUUAAAAUGUGUGCUUUAGUACAAGUGAAUAACCAUGUGAAACAUAUGGUUGCUUUAUUACAUGGAUUUAAUAUUUUUCAUACAAAACCAGUUUAUCCCGUAUCUUAAGCCAGUGUAAGUUAACCCAUCUUACAUUUACUACAUAAAACACAGCUUUUAGUAGUUUCAUUUAUCUACUGAAAACUGCAAACUCAUGAGGAAAUUCACAUUUUUAUUCAAUUUGUAUUAGGUCUACUUUUUUUUCCUUGUAAUAUAAUUAUGUUCUAAGUUCUUCAAUGUUAUCCAAAUAAAGAAGCAGUGGCCAGAAAGUGCUAAACAUUUCAAAAGAUUUCAUGAAUUGGCAGUUAAACUUUUGGUAGUGAAUUUUUCAAAAUAGCCUUGUCAUUUGUUUAGCUGUAAAUAGGAACCUGGAAUAUACAGUAGUCAAGAGACAGAUUCAUCUGGACCAAUGAAUGAGUGACAGUAAGAUUCUCUUUGUACUCUAAAGAACUCGGUGCUGGAGCGGGCUCUGGGGUUCAAUGGAUUCAGCCACUGUCUGGGAUACUAACAUCUACUUAAGACUGGCUGGGUCAAGUCCUGGCUGCUUGCUUCAAGUCCAGCUCCCUAAUAAUGCACCUGUGAAGGCAACAGACCCAAGUACUUGAAUCCCUGCCACCUCCCGCGUUGGAGAUCAGGCCAGAAUUCCUGGACGGCCGGCGGGGUGCUGAACAAUACAGUGCAUAGUAACUUCCCACAGGCACAAAAGGUGAACGUGGCUUCCUUCUCAUGGAACUCACAAUCUUAGUGGAGAAGGGAGACAUUAAACAGGUAAAUAAUUGUUACAGUCUUCAAAGGUACUGAAAUGAUAAGAAGAAAUUCUUUGCUUUAUGUGAAGGAAACUAUCAUAGCAUAACAUUUUUAGUGUGCUUCGUCCCCUUGUCCACUCUGCCCCAGGUGAAGUAAAAUGACUUACCCACAGCUAAAAAUUUGGAAGCAGCAGCCCAGCUUACCUUUUCCCCACAUCUAACUUGUUGGUCAAUAAUUUCAUUCCAUUCUGUUCUAUACCAGCAGGCCCUAACUGCUGUCUGCCCCAGGAUACUGAUAUCUGAGACAGGGUACAUCUGUCUAACUCUGGAGUUCAGGGAUAAGAACUUUAUUAGACUGACCAUAUUCCCCAACAUCAGUUUCAUCAGUAAGUAUGUUUGUUGAGACAAGCAUCAGUUUGUCCGUUCUUCAUCUCAAUUAUGUUUACAACUCAUAUAGGAGGGGCAUUAUUUACGGGACUUGUUCAUAACAAAGACACACAGUCCUCUUAUAACCAGUAAAUAGAUCUGUGUUCAUUUUACUGUAGAGAUUUAGCAAGUGAAGUGCUUUGCAUCGGAUAAUGAGUAGAAGCAU